GUCAACUGCCAGACUAGAAGGUUAGAUCAAGACACAGAAGUGUUGAGUAGAGUUGGAACGAGCUCUGAGAAAAUGCACUUAAGCGAAAACGAAGGGAUAGAAGGAAAGACAUUCGUGGUGACUGGUGGGUUGGGCCACGUGGGCUCUGCUCUCUGUCUAGACCUUCUACGACGCGGCGCUUACGAGGUUCGAGCCUUUGACUUGCGGACCACCUCACCUUGGUCUCAUCUUCUCCACCACAAAGGCGUCGUUUUCAUUCAAGGGGAUGUUUCCAAGAAAAAAGAUGUUGAAAGAGCUGUGCGUGGAGCGGAUUGUGUGUUUCAUAUUGCUUCUUAUGGCAUGUCAGGGAAAGAAAUGCUGCAGUUUUCUCGAGUUGAUGAGGUGAAUAUUAAUGGAACUUGCCAUGUCAUUGAAGCUUGCGUUGACUUUGGGAUCAGAAGGCUUGUGUAUGUGAGCACUUACAAUGUUGUGUUUGGGGGGAAAGAGAUUGUGAAUGGAAAUGAGUCCUUGCCUUAUUUCCCCAUAGAUGAACAUGUUGAUUCAUAUGGCCGUAGUAAGUCAAUUGCUGAGCAAUUGGUUCUAAAGAGCAACGGCCGUCCCUUUAAGAAAAAUAAUGGGCAAUGUCUAUAUACAUGUGCCAUUCGUCCUGCUGCUAUCUAUGGGCCUGGUGAAGAGAGGCAUUUUCCAAGGAUAGUGUCGCUAGCGAAGUUAGGAUUGAUGCCAUUUAUAAUUGGUCAAGCAAAUGUGAAACAAGACUGGAUUUAUGUGGAUAACCUGGUAAUGGCACUGUUAUUGGCGAGCAUGGCACUUUUAGAUGACAUUCCAGGGAGAAAGGGAUCUCCGAUAGCUGCUGGCAAGCCGUACUUCGUAUCUGAUGGGCAUCCAGUCAAUACCUUUGAAUUCAUCAGACCUUUACUAAAAAGCCUGGAUUACAACUUACCAAAGUAUCGUUUAGCUGUUCCCCAUUCUCUAUUUUUGGGGAAGGUUUUCUCAAUUUUCUAUUCAAUCUUGUAUCCGUGGUUGAAUCAAUGGUGGCUUCCUCAACCACUGAUCCUUCCUGCUGAAGUGUACAAGGUGGGUGUUACCCAUUACUUCUCAUUCCUUAAAGCCAAAGAGGAACUCGGUUAUGUUCCAAUGGUCAGUCCAAGCGAGGGCAUGGCUGCGACCAUCUCAUAUUGGCAAGAAAGGAAAAAGAAAAGUUUACACGGACCUACAAUAUACGCAUGGUUAUUUUGUGUGAUUGGAAUGUCUAUACUAUUUUGCGCUGCCUUCUUACCGGACAUUGGACCGGUACCAUGCUUCAAAGCAAUCAGUCUUUUCUUCCUGCGGUCAAUGCAGAUAGUAAGGACAGUAUUCAUUCUAGCCAUGGCAGCACAUAUAGGCGAGGCCGUAUUUGCUUGGUUCUUGGCAAAGAGAGUGGAUCCAGCUAAUGCCAGGGGAUGGUUUUGGCAGACUUUUGCUCUUGGGAUUUUUUCAUUGCGGUUUCUGUUGAAGAGAGCCAGGAAGUGAGUCCAGGCAUUUACAUAUAUACCAUUGUAGUCAAUGUAUGGAUGCAAAAUUUUCUGUUUUUGUGGUGACGAUUGAAAAGCGAAAAGGGACCAGUGUUGAGAAGUGAAAUUUGUGCUUCUGACCUUUGUAAAAACCAUUUCAGACCUGGCUUUGAAUCCGGGAAAGAAUUAGUCCAACUCUUGACCGAUUCAAUCAACAGUCAAAUCAAUAAACUGGUUAAAUAAACAUUUGAUAAUAUUCAA